AUGAAUAAAAAACAACAACACCAACACCAACAACAAUACCAACAACAAUAUCAACAACAAUACCAAUCACAACCACAGCAAUAUCAACAAUACCAACAAACACAACAAACACAACAACAACAACCACAACAAUCACAACAACAGGUUCAACAACAAGUUCAACAACAAAUACAACAAAUACAACAGCAACAACAACAACAAGCACAGAUUCAAGCAUUAAUACAGCAACAGCAACAGCAGCAGCAGCAAAUACAACAACAGUCUCAACAAUCACAACAACCACAACAAUCACAACAACCACAACAAUCACAACAAUCGCAACAAUCACAACCACAAUUACAAAAUGAUUUAGCAUUGUUUAAACCAUAUUCAAAUCAAUCAUCAAUUAACUCUAUUAGAUUAUAUGUAUCAUCAUUCGAUUCAUUAUUAUUAUCAUUAUCAAGUACUGAUCCUAGAGAACAAACCAAAUCAAUAUUAUAUUUUUCGUCACUUUUAAUAAAUAAUAAAAUGAAUGGAUUAGAUUUGGUAUAUUUUGUUCAGAAACAAAUCGAGAUUGAAAACAAAAGCCAUAUUACAGUAUUGCUAAUUAAUUUAUUGGGCGACUUAGCUUUAGACCCAUUUGUAGAUACACUACCUAUUUUAAAUAAAUUAUUAAAUAUUGUUAAAGCGGAUAAUUCUAAAAAGGUUACAUUAGCAUGUUUAAUGAAUAUAAGCAAAAUUAUAAGAAGCAAAUCAAACAUUACAACCAAAUCAAGUGUUACUAUUAGUUAUAUUGAACCACUAUUAAACUCGUCAAGUCCCCAAAUCAGAAGAGAAACUAUUCUAUUGAUGGCAUCUACAGUAAAAAAUUUAGACAAAGAAUCAGAAGAGAUACAAAUACUAUUAAAAAACUAUUUAAAAGAUCCAGAUUUUAGAGUUAGAGAAAUUUCAUUAAAAUCUCUUUCAAUUAUAUUUCAAAGAGGUGCAAGUCUAUCAGUAAAUAAAUUAUACUCAUCGAUCAUCUUAUUAUUGCUGGAUAGUUUUGAACAAGUUAGACUUGAGUGUAUUAAACUAAUUUGGAUUUUUGGCAACGUGUAUCCAAACCAUAUUGUAUUUAGCGGUGGAAAUAAAAUCAGACUUGUAGAUGACGUAUUUAAAAAGAUUUGCAAUGCUGUAAAUGAUUCAACGGUUAUAGUUAGAAAUUGUGCAUGUAAACUUUUGGGCUGUAUUUAUGAUGUAUCCUUACAUUAUUUAAUUCAAACUUUAAGUAAAGAAGUUAUGGUCUGGGGUAAAGGUAAACAAUAUCAAAUUGGUCAUAGUAGUGUUACAAAAAUGCAAAAACAACAACAACAGCAACAACAGCAACAGCAGCAGCAACAGCAACAACAAAAUAGUCAAAUAUCAAACACAUCAAAUACUUCAUCAACCACACCAACUCACAUUAAUACACCAGAAGGUGAUUUCGAUGUUGUUGGAUCUGACUCUUUGAAUAUUUUAGAAUCUGGUGUUAUUGGUGCUUUUAUUCAAGGUUUAGAAGACGAGUUUUAUGAAGUUAGAUCAUCUGCAAUUGAUAGUAUGUGUGAACUUAGUGUUAGAAAUAGUGAAUUUGCUCAAAAGAAUAUUGAUUUUUUGGUAGAUAUAUUUAAUGAUGAAAUCGAAUCGGUAAGAAUCAACUCUAUCAAUAGUCUUAGAAAAAUUAGUAACAAUGUUGUAAUUAAAGAAGAUCAACUUCAUAUUAUUUUGGCUAAUCUCGAAUCAACUUCACGUGAAGAAAGACAAUCACUUCAUAAACUUUUAGCAAAUAUCUAUCUCUCAAACUAUUCAUGUCUCUCUGCAACCAUUCAAGCAUUGUUAAUGAAUCUUCAACGAUAUCCAUACGAUGUACAUUCAAUUUUUGAAUCAUUAAAAAUCAUUGGUCAAAAGAAUCCAUUCACAGAGUUUAUAGUUGAUGAUCUUUUAAGAACAGAUCCAAAAUUUGCAUCUGUAGAACCAAACAUGGACGAUAUAUUUUAUGUAGCUGUCAUGAUUGUGGUUUUAAACUCAUCGAUUAAUAAUAAUAAUAUUCUUCCACUUUUACCAUCAUUUUGUUUUCAACAUCACCUUUACUUUAAAGAUAAAUAUCCAAAAUAUUUUCCACAAAUUUUAAAUAAUCAAAACAAUAAUAAUAAUAAUAAUAAUAACCAAAAUAAUCAAAUUAAAGAAAGGGAACAAAAUUUCGAAAAUAAUGAAGAUAUUGCAAAAUUUUUAAAUUCAACUUUAAUUUUAUUAUUUGGUAAAAAAUUCAAUUGUAUUAGCCAAAAGCAACAAGAGGAAACAAAUGAAAAUGAAAAAUCAUUAUAUUUAGACUUAAAUGAAAAUGGAUUUUUAACUUAUUUAAAUCAAAAAAAAGAUAUUCAAUUAGAAAAACUAUUUCAAGAAUGCAAAAGAAAUUUUAUAAGAAUUUCAAGUAUUUGUAAUAUUUUAAAACCAACAUCAGAUUUUUAUAAAAAAUAUUUAAAAAUUUUAACAAUUAUGAUUAAAGUAAAGAAAACAAAAGAAAUCAGUUUGAUAAUUUCAGACCAAUUAAAGAAUAUUGUAAAUCAAAUGUUUCAUAGGUUUAUAGGUUUAGACAAUAAUUGUAAAUUAGUAAUAAUGGAAAUUGAAGUUUUUUCAACAAUAACAGAAAUUAUUUCAAAUGUUAAAUCAAUUGACCAAUCAAAAUUCAAAUCAGAAUUAUCAAACAAUCAAAUUAGCGUAAUAACCAAAAAAUUGAAUUCUUUUAUAAAAUUUUCAAAUGAUAAUUUUGUAACCAUUCCAAAUAAUAUAAAAUUAUUAUUAAAAAUUUUUAAUAUUAAAGAAAAAGAAAAAGAAAUAGAAAAUGGAAAAAAGAAAGGAAAUGGAAAAGAAAAAAAAAAAGGAAAAGAUAAUGAUAAAAUGGAUCAAGACAAAGAAAGACCAAAUAAAAUUCAAAAAACAAAUAAUAGUAAUACUAAUAAUAAUAAUAGUUUAUUAUAUUGGGAUUGCAAUGAUUGGUUACAAAAUUUUAUUCCACCAGUUUUAAAAGUCAAAAAUUUAAUUAAAAAGAAAUCUGCAGAAAUUAUUCAAUCCAUUCCAAAUGAUAAACCAAUUGAAUUUUUAGACACAUAUCCACUAAAAUUAACUAUCAAUGCUCGUAUUGAAAACUUUAGAAAUGUAGAUUCAUUGUUUAUUCAAACUAGUUGGCAAUCUAUUCAUACUGGUCAAUUUAAUUAUCAACUUUUUAGCAUUCCAAAAUCAUCUUUUAUCCCAACCAAACCACUCUCUUUUAAUAUUUCUACAUCUCCAUUAAUCCAUUUAAAUGGUAUAAAGAGCAACAAACUAUCACAAAGAGAACCAAUUCCAUUAAGAAUUACUUUAGUCGAAUUAUUAGAUACCUAUAAUAAUACAAUUAACAGUACCAUAUCAACUGGUAACACUAUUAAUAGCAGUACUGUAAUACCAAUUUCCAAACCUUCAAUUUACAAUUUAAUCCCAUGCGAUACAAUAACACUCCAACCAAACUUUAUAUAA